GCUUCAUAAAUAAUUAAUAUCAAAGAAUGUUUAAAUAUGAAAAUGGGUUAUUUAAGAUAACUAUUAAAGAAGGAUCCUAUUAUUAAUCUAGCUGCUCCACAAAUGAUUCAAUAAGAAAAGGUUACAUCAUAAAAUGAUAAUAGGGAUAAUAGGAUAAUAGAAAAAGAAAAUGAAAUUUAGAAAGCUUAGAUAGAUAUUGAUCAGUAUAUUCUUGCAAGUUAAAUCGAUUCAAAUAAUUAUUAAAGUUAUUUCACAUCGAUAAAUUUUAAUUCUGUAUGGAAAGAAAUAUAAAUUGAUGAUGAAAUAAUCCUGCUUAACCAUAUGAACAAUGGAAUUUUUAUGAAUUUUGAAAUUAUUUUUCUCUAAAUAUCUAUAUAUAUAGUAAUUCUAAUGAUAUUUAAAAGUCUAUUUUUUAAGUCUUCUAAAAAUUUUAUAAAAACAUUUAAUUGUUAAAUUAAAUUAAAAUUUACAUGAAAUCUGCUAAUAAAAGUAUAUCAGAUAUUUUUUUUAUGAAUCAAAGAACUCCAUUAAGUGAAAUCAAAAAUUAAUCCAUGUAUUUAGAUUGUUAUGAAGAAUAAUAAUAAUAGAUUUAAGUUCUUGAAAAAAAAUUAUUAGAAUAACAAUAAAUUAAUUUAAAAUAAACAGAAGAAAUAGAUUCAUUAAAAUGCGAUGUUAAAAGUGCAAAAUAAUUAAUUGAUUAAACAUAAAAUUAAUUAGAUUAAUUUUAUGAAGAAAUGAAGAAGAAGGAAGAAUAAUUAUUUAAUUUUGAAAAAUAAAUAAGAGAAAAAGAAAUGGAGUUGAUAAAUAAAGAAUUGUCAUUAGUGAAUAGAUAAACAUAAACUGAAGAAACUUAAAUAUAGUUAAUUUCUGAAUCAAAUGAAUAAGAAUCAUCAAUUGAUAUUGAUAUUGCUCGAGUUUUAUUUGAAAAAAGAAUUCAUAAAGAAUAUAAAAUACUUUAAGAAAAAUAACAUGAAUUAUAAGCUAGAGAAAAUGCUAUAAUCUUUAGAGAAAAUAAAAUAAAAGAGUUUAUGAAUAAACUAUCAUCUGCAAUGUGA